AUGAAGACAGCCCUGCUGCUCCUCGUUGCUCUGGCAGUGGCUGCCGGGCCAGCCCGUGCUCUCCGCUGUCACGUCUGCUCCAGCUCCAGCAACUGUGAGAAAGCCCAGAACUGUGCGGCCAGCGCGCGCUACUGCAGGACCAGCACCAAGAUGGAGCCCCUGAUGGGGAACCUGGUGGAGAAGGACUGCGCGGAGUCGUGCACGCCCACGCACAGCCUGCCCGGCCAGGUGAGCAGCGGGGCGGCCGCCACCCUGUGCUGUCAGGACGACUUGUGCAACCGGAGUCUGCAGAGCCGCGCACCCGCCCGCACCCUGCUCCCUGGCACUGCCCUCGGCUUGGCGCUGGCCCUCGGCCUCCUCGCCCUCCUCGUGGCCCCCAGCCUGUGA